GCCGGGCGCUCAACGGCCGUCACCCCGCGCAACGGUGAGGGCAUGGCGGAACGCAGCGGCCGCCGGGCAGCAGAGCCAGACCGCCUGGCGCUGGAGCUGGGCCGAGAGAGGCGGAAGAAGCAAAUGCUUGAAAUCUCAAUAUCUGAACUGAGAAACACUGUCACAGAAUUGGAAAAAAGACUUAGCAGUGUUGAAGAUGAAGGUAAUGAAUGGAAAACCAGAUAUGAGACACAAGUAGAAUGGAACAAACAUCUGGAAAGGCAAAUUAAUAUUCUGCAACACAAAAUGGAACUUAUUUGUGGAAAUCCAGCAGAUAUAUUGUCCACUGUUCGCACCUUUCAUCAAAUGUCUGUGGGUUCCUUAAAGGAGGUUCUCAAACAACUAGUAGAAGAGAAGAAAAGUCUCCAGAAUCAGCUAAAAGACAAAGAAGUUAGACUGGAACAAGAAGCAAAGGCUUACCACAAAGCUAACAAUGAGCGGCGCAUGUACCUCUCAGAGAUCUUACAGACCUCAGCCACACUUAAAAUUGUUGAAAGGCAAAAAGCAGAUGCUCUGACUGGCAAGGGAGACAACCAGAUACUGAGAGGGAGAUACAGUGUUCCAGGAAACCCAAAGAUGGUUAAUCCUCAAAAAGGAUCGAUUAAAAAGACUAUAGGAGUGAAGCAGCUUCCAAAACUAAAGCACUGA